UCCCGAAAGGAGACCCGCUCUCCCCACCGUGUUUCCUGGGUGGAAGGGAUCUCGGCCGACGCUUUCCCCUGCUUGAAAAAGGCCCGGUCCGAAUCCUUGUUGUUGAACGACUCCCUGUUGCUGCCUCUCAUCCCGGAAUUGGACUCGCUCUCCAUCAGCAGCGUGGAGGACGAGGGCGAGGGUCUCCCUCCUGCCACCCCCUCCCCACAGAAGAGACGGCGCCCCUCCUCCAUCACCUUCACCCACAAAGUGCUCCACCGCCUCUCGGCCGUGAGCAGCGCCCUGACCGGCUUCCUCUCGCUCGAACGCCGGGUGGCCAAGCGGGUGCAAGAGCUGGUCCAGGAGCCCAGCUCGGACGUGGGAGGCCUGGUGCAGAACUUUGUGGAGCACAUCCAGCAUGGAGCCCGUUCCCGGCACCCCACCAGCACCGAGCUGCUGCAGGAGAUACGGCACAUGAUCACCAACCUGAAGGGCUACCUGGUCGAAAGUUCAGAGCUGCGCGCCGCCACCUACUGCGAAUAUGUUGACGCCGAAGAACCGGAUCUCGGUUCCGUGGUGGAAGACGCCCUUUGCAAAUGCAUCCUGAAGCCGCUGAGGGAUACGGUUUACGCUCAGUUGCUGGACUUCCACACCGAGGACGGGUCUCUGCACCGUUUGCGUGGAAAUCAGCUGACUUUGAGCCAGCAAAGCUUGGAAGAGCUCGGAGUGGCAGCCGGGGUGCCCGACGGGCCUUGCCUGGAGCGUAUCCAGGCCAAGCUGAGCCUCCUGCACCAGGCCUACUCGCCCAAGAAGAAGGAGACCCAGAUGCUGAAGGUCUGCAAGAUGCUGUACGAGGCCAUGAACCUCCACUGCGAGAAGGCAGAGCCGUUUGGUGCCGAUGACUUCCUGCCGGUUCUUAUCUACAUGCUGGUGCGCUGCGAUGUGGUGUCCGUACAGUUGGACGUGGAGUACAUGAUGGAACUGAUGGAUCCCAGCCAGCUUCAGGGAGAAGGGGGCUACUACCUCACCACCUGGUUCGGGGCCCUCUACCACAUUGAAAACUUCCGAGCGGCUUUUACCAUCACCAGGCAGAUCAGCGUGGAGGCCCAGCGCUCCAUCCAUCAGUGGCAUCGCCGCCGUACCAUCCAUCACCACCAUCGCCGCAACUUGCAGCACACCCUCUACGUCUCCUUCCACGAACCCUUCAACAACCAGAAGACCAUCUCCGUUCCGCCCAACAUGACCACGGCGUUGGUCUGUGCAGCCUGCGCAGAGAAGUAUGGCGUCUCUGACGGUGCCGCCUAUGGCCUUUUCUCGGUAUCGAACAGCUCCACUCAACUCUUGACGGAGGACAGCUGCCCGCAGAAGGUCCGUGCAGACCUCCUCCAAAGAGGGGGCAGCGUCAAUUUUGUUUACAAGCCCAAAAACAGCACCCUGCCUGCCUCGGGUUCCGGUCCGCUCCGGGAGACUGUCAACUUGACUGAGUCCCAUAACAAGCCUCUUGAAAGGGUGGGGAUAGAGCAGUUGGAAGGGGAUUGACUAUGGCCAUGGACCUUCCUGGUCUUCUGGGUUGGAUGAAGUUUCCCCACUUGGCCGAAAUCCAGAUAAAGGUUGAGUUUCCAGGGACUAGACUAAGACUAAGGCUGGCUUAAUGUCAGAGCUGCCUCAACUUGACCUUCUAAGAAAGAACAAUCCUUAACUCCGUUCGUUUACAAAGGUAUAGUUCACUAGAUGUCAAGUCUAAACUGCAGCAGUGCUAAAGCCACAACUGAAAAUUGGGUGCCAUAAUUCCCAAGUCUAACUUUCCUCCCUUUAGGUACAUCCCCUUGCUCGCACACACACACACACACACACACACACACACACCAGUGUCCAGUCAAAUUCAAAGAAGAUAUUUUCAGAACGGACGCUUUGAUAUGCAGCUGUAUUCCGUUCCCCACCCAGUCGGCCUUGAAACCGUGUCCUGGGGGAGAUACGGUCAACUUUUCAUUUUCCUUGAAUCCUGCCUCCUCCCAUGCAGUUUCCACCCACCCACGCCCAAGAGUUCAUGCCAGCCUGGCACUGAGCGAUAGCAAAAGACAAGCCUGAAGUGGCAGCUGGCAUGAGGACUACGGAGAAGAAAUCUCUUUGAGCAGAAGAUCUUGAAGUGCUGAAGUUCUCACCUUGGCAGUGGCUGUCGUCAUCCCUAAAACUAGUAACGGGACAGGAAUGGGCCGUUGUUAAAGUUGUCCUAACUUCUCCUCCUUUGGGUUCCUCCCCACCCAAAGUGAGUUUCCCCAACCAGCCUUAACGCGAACCGGCCCAGAGGAACCGGGAGAGAAACCGCAAACUGCGUCACCAACUCCAGGCUGUGAAGGUAUACGCUACUUUCACACGCAACUCUCCCCUUUUGCUCAACUCUUUAGUUGCCACCUCUGGUCAGCUCCCACAGAGCCUUGAAAGUUGGCCCUGCGUCUCCACGUAUAACCCGAGUACCUUUCGCUCCACGCUCCGUGGGGCUGGCUGGAAGGCCUUUUCGCCCAGCCACGAGAGGCUUAUCGAUUGGAUUCUGGGAAAGUCCAUUAAACAUACUGGUUUGAAUUUUACAUGUCACCUUUUGAAAAUACGUCCUUUUCUGACCUUGCGAUCGGGUGUUUCCUCAUCCCCUGUCCUUCGAGAGAAUGGGAGCCAUGUCUAUGAAUU